AUGGAGAAAAUCUGGCGAAUCGCAACAGGCCAGGAUCUGAACCGGCAUGAUUACGAAGGAAUCGAGUUCUGGUCGAACCCAGAGCGAUCCGGCUGGCUCACGAAGCAAGGCGAUUACAUCAAGACCUGGCGCCGACGCUGGUUCGUGCUGAAGCGAGGGAAGCUCCUCUGGUUCAUGGAUCAAUCCGCCGCCUUAACCCGCGGAUCGAUCCCGCGCGGGGUGAUCUCGGUGGGAGAUUGUCUGACGGUGAAAGGAGCUGAGGACGUGGUGAACAAGCCUUUCGCCUUCGAGAUAUCGAGUGGGAACAUCACCAUGUUCUUCAUAGCUGAUAACGAGAAGGAGAAGGAAGAGUGGAUCAACUCUAUUGGGAGGUCGAUUGUGCAGCACUCGAGACUGAUUCUGAAGUCCUUGAUUAUGAUCAAAGGCGGUGAUGAUGACUUCUAG